AUGUCUUCGAAGGAAAUUAAACCGAAGAGAAACUCUAAGGGAAGAGUGUUCCAAUGCACUGGCUUUCCAAACUGCAGUAAACUGUUCACCCGUUCGGAACAUCUUGCCCGUCACAGAAGAAAACACACUGGCGAGAGACCUUUUGCUUGCUCUCACUGUGCAAAGAACUUUUCGAGACUUGACAAUCUUCGUCAACACAAACAGACUGUACAUGCCUACGAGAAUUACUUGGACCUGAGGAAUGGAGCAGAGCCUCCGGUGAGACAGACUCCAAAUGCUAAGAUUCCUGCGGCCGCAUCGCCAGUUCAAUUGCAAAGCUCAAACUCGCAAUCUGGACCUUCGCUGCCUUCGCUGGUGGUCACGCCUAGUCAGGAUACAGCUGGAAACAACCACCUGUCUAUUCUGCUGGUGCUGAGCGCUCUGAGCUCACUGAUGCACCUGAUGCAGCUGUCUGUGCUGUCUCCUGGCCAAUGUCCUUCCAUCAAUUACUCAAAGUCGAGUGCUCUUCCUCGCAUUAAUGACCGCAUGUUACUGACUCCUUUUCUUCAUCCUCCUUUCCAGGCGCCAACACUUUUGACUCCUCCUAUGGUGGACCCUCUGUCUGGCAUGCCUCCAGCAUUUGCCUUUGGACCUUCUUCUGACUCUAUGGGAUAUCAGCACCUACAACACAGCUAUAUCGGAAACGGUUCGGUAGACCCUAUGAGUGGCAUGCAACAGCCUGGUUACUCAGGUGCCUGGUCGCCCAACUAUGGUGCUGCCUCUUCGUCGUCUCUCCGUCAUUCUGCUUCUUUGAACCAGGCUCUCGUCCCAAUGAAGCCUUUUGGCUCUUAUGAGCAACCACAGCCAAUUCCAUUGGGCCUCAGCCGUAGCGACGGAGGUGCACCAGUGGCUCAAGGACCUUUGCAAGGUAGAGCUCCCUUCUACGAUGGAGCCAUGAAACCAUACUUAGCUCCCAGCACGCAAUCUCCAUUAUCACCAUUGUUCCGCCUCUCAUUUGGUUCAAUGGCUCAACCUUCAUCAAAGGUCAACGGAUGUAACUAUGGUCCUGGCAACGGAGUUAUCUCCCAGCCAUCCAGACCAUCUCUCGUUGUACCUACCAAUCUCACACCCACCAUCUCUUCGGCAACUCAGCUUCCUUCACCCAUGGAGCCUGCUGCAGAGAUCAAAAAAUCAUCGGACAUCACCAAGCAAAGAAGAAGCUGGCUUCAAGACAUGCUCAAUCAUGCCGAUGAAGCUGUCUCUCCAAACGAAGAAUCUGCUACGAUCUCUUCCCAAGUUGCACUCGCUUCAUAA